AUGGCCCCCUCCGGUGGAGGAAAUAAACGGGCUGAUGCUAUAUUCGAAGGAUUAUCCAAAGGAUUCAAAUCGUUCAUACUCUAUUAUUCUUCUGAAUUACGACGACUUCGUCAGGAGUUUGAAGAUGCUGAUGAUGAACGCCGAGCCGAAAUUCAAGACGAACAAGUUCUAGCCGAAGAAAAUUUACUUUUAUAUGAGUCACAUAAUCAACGUUUAACGAAAAUAUUUGAGAAAUAUCGUUCUGGACAUUAUGAUUCUCUUAAAGCGCGCUCUUCAUCCAUAACCGAUCUCAGAGCAGCACUUGGAGGGAGAAGUACUGAUCGAGGUACCUCACCUAUCGACAUGGAGCUCCAAAGUAUGAUGGGAAGAAUUGUUGUUGAAGUGAAAGCCAUUGCUGGCUUUGCCCGUAUGUCUCCAGGAGACGUUUUCGAAGUUCAAAUCCGACACGGAGCUCAAAAAUGGAAAACAAGAGGCAAGACGCAAGCAGAUCGUUCACAAAAAUGGGAAAAGUUCCAAGCAACUUUCCAGUGUUUACCUGAAUGCACCAUUGACGUUAAAGUUUCUGAAUGCACUUUCUUCAAAACGAAAACGUUGAGUGAACGUGCUUUUGAGCCAUGUGAACUGUUCUCUUCACAACCACAACUCGUGACAAUGAAUUUAAAUAGUCUCGGUACUAUAAAAUUACAAUUAAUCGUCACCUGGGUACCACUUCUGUCUUCUAAAACGAUCUCGAGGCCUUUAGAGCCAAAAAUGGACACAAUGAGUUCCAUUGAAAAAAAGCCGAGAGUUGUUUUGCGUGAGAAGAAACGUGGAUCAGCUGCUCGAGUUGCCAUGAAGGAACAAUGGAGAUCUUCCACUAACUUAUUAGAUUGUAUUUAUCAUGAUGUAAGCAAAACAAUUCCAACUGUAGAAGCCAUGUCAACACUUGAUUUACGGAAGGGCCGUGGACAUCCAUCGCCUGUAGUCAAUAACAGAAGAAGCAUUAGUUUAGCACAUCUCAGUGCUGCUCCUAAUGAUAGCCCAGACAGUAUGAGAGCUUUCAACAAAACAUUUGCCGGUAUGAGUGGUGGAGACAGUGGAGCUGCUUCUGAAACAAGUUCUGAAAAAUCAGCUGUCGUUAUGGAGUUAAUGGAAGCAAUUGACGAUAUAAUGCCAAUGGCUGACAGAAUAGCUUCGGAAAUGUAUCCUGAAUUACAGGCCCUUGUUGAUUACUUGAAACAAUGGCACAAAGUUCUUCAGCGUCGAAGAAAUCAUUCUCAUCAUUCACCUGUUCGUAGUGGAACAGCUCUCACUACUAGCACUGUUAGUGAUGAGUUGGAUGAUAAUGUCCUCAUAUCAGGCGAUGGACAUUCUGAGAAUGACAGUGGUAUAGAUUCGCUGCGACAACACUAUUCUCCAUAUGUCAGUGAAGGAACACGAAAGAAAUAUGGGGAGAGUGGGGGAAGAAAAGAAGGACGUCGUUUCCGACAGUUGAAAGAUCGUAGAAAGUCACUGGGCGCUUUGAUUGAUCCUAAUAAUAUUGAGCAAAUGUAUUUGGAUUCUGAUCGUUUCUGGGAAAGCCACGAGGAAGACUACAGGAGUGGCGCCACAGGAAACUCUGAGAUUGAUUCUUGCCUCCGAUAUCAUUUGAAUCGAGUUCACAAUUGCCUGAAGACAUUAGACGAAAUCGGAAUGAAUUGUCCUCUUGUUUACAAGUCAACGGAGAUGCUCAAGCGACUAGAGAUUGAAACUGUUACCUUAGAUGAUCUUCUAAGGCUUGUCGCUAUGCUCCCAGCAUUGCCCAAUGUUUCCAACAUUCUGAGCGAAAUCGGAGCCGAUUCUGAGUUACAACAAAUUUGGCUUGGCACAUGUUAUCCUUUGAAUGCUAUGCUAAUGGUGCCUCGGGAUGAACUUAGAACUCAAAUACGUUUAAACAUAUCACAUAUUGUUGAGAAAAACUAUCCUCAUCUUGUCAACCGAGUGGCUGAUUCAAUUUUACGUUUAAUUGCUGACUGUGUGCAAGACUCAACCCAGCAAGUCACAAUAUUCCAUUUCAUCGGAAUUUUCAAAGGACGUCAUUUUGCUUCAUAUAUUGAGAAUUUGAGUCAUGAUGCUUACAUGGUUUCUGAGUUGGAAAGAUUACAACCAUCUAAAGUAAUACACGUCGUUGAACGGUUAUCAAAUGUUCCCGUUGUGCCACCUUUAGAAACAUUGAAACAUCUAGGAAUGCUUUUAAUACAUAAUGAACCCUUGAAUCGUACAACUACUGAAAGUUACUUGAGAUCUGCUCGUGGUCAUUUGAUGUCAGACUUGUUAUCAUCUUAUCUUUGCUUGCUGGAAGCUGAAGAAGUACCUGCUAGGAUAGGAGCUUUGCGAUCAUUACAAGUUCUGAAUAACCCAAGAAUAGCGAAGCAAGUUAGUCAUCUUGCCGAGAACGAUUCAUCAGUAGAAGUACGUCUUGAAGCUUCUCAGCUUUUGGCAUAUUUGUCACCCCAAUUAACUUCCAAGCCAAACGGAAUGAAUUAUCCAUCUUAUUCCAAACAAUCAAAGAACUCAGUUAAUACCAACUUAUCUCAAGACUUGACAGAAGAAACGACAAGAAUUUAA